AUGGCGUCCGACAUGCUCUUCAACCGUCGUUUCGAUGAAUUUAUUCUUGAAUGCCGUAGUUCAGACCGUCCGACUUCUGCUGCCGUUCUUCAUCGUCCUCGGAAGAAGAUUUCCGCGUUCGUGAAUGCGAUGGCUUCCGCAAGGUCCUCUUCUCCGCAAAGUCCCAGCAAGCAUAUUACGGUCGUGGACGUCUACGAUUUAGCCGCGUCCAUUGGCAACGAUUUUGAAAAACUCAUCGACAAUUAUGGAAAUGAGUGUGUACGCGGAAUCAUGCCUAAAGUUAUAUCCGCAUUGGAAACGCUGGAAGCCAUGGCCGCCGGAAAUGAUAGAGAGAACGAAGAAAUCAUGAGAUUAUCGAAAGCGGUUGAACGGCUUGAACAAGAGAAACACCAGAGAAAUCAACAGCACUUGAAAUUUGAAGAAGAGCUGGAACAAGUUGAAAAAACCUACCGUAAGGAUAUCGAUGAUCUACAACAGAUGGUGAAAAAUCUCGUAAACGAGAAUCGGAAUCUCUCAACGACCGUUUCAUCUCUUCCUACCAACAACGAUAGUCCAGUGAGCAGUUCGAUGCGAGAAGCCGAUCUGAGAAUGCUGCUGGAACUUAAAGAAAUGUCGGCUCAACAAAAAGAUGAGAUUAAAGCACUCCAAAAAGAUGUGGACACUUAUCAGUGCCAAGUUGAAAAUCUUCAAAAUUCUAUUGAAAAGCUUAUUCGUCAAAACGAAGAAUUAUUAAGAAAGAAUUCAUCGCUUCAAAAGCAAGGACGAGUGAUUGUCGAGGAGAAAAUGGAAGUAUUAAAACGAUUAGAAAAGACGGAAGAAUCGAAUAUUGAGCUCAAAAAGCUCGUUAAAGAAACAGAUCGUGCCUGCAAGGAUAUGCAAGUAGCUAACCAGGAUAACAAUGAACCAAGGUUUACACUGGGUGAACUACGAGAAGUUAUAAAAGAGAAGAACAUUUUGAAAGGACGCGUCAUGGAGCUCGAAGAAGAACUAGAGCAAUUCAAACCUGGAGCAAAGAAAGAAAUCAUGAGAUUAGAUGAUGACGAUGAUUCUGAUCAAUUGGCUCCAAACUCUGAUGAUGCCAAUAGAACUGGUGAUGAUGAGGAAGAUCUACCAGUAUACGGACCAUUACCAAAAGAACCUGAUGAAAAACUCCAUCCAUGGAAGUACGAGAGGAAGGAUUCUGGAGUACGGAAAUUCUUCCGCUUUUUCAAAGACUUUGGAGCGACUGCAUCACCCCGCCGAGGAUCAUCUGCGAACGCGUCUCCACGUUUACCGGCUCGUGCAAUCCCUCCCUCCCUCAAUUAG